GUCCAAAGGUGACUUACGUGCCCCCUCCUCCACCUGAUGAUGAAGAAGCCGUCUUUGCACGUUAUCAGACAGGAAUUAAUUUUGACAAGUACGAUGAAAACCGUGUUGAAGUGUCAGGACUUGACUCUCCAGCACCAUUAAAGACUUUUGAAGAAGCUAACCUCUGUCACACUUUAAAUAAUAACAUUACUAGAGCUGGAUACUUCAAGCUUACUCCAGUGCAGAAGUACAGCAUUCCUAUUAUACUGGCAGGACGGGAUUUAAUGGCAUGUGCCCAGACGGGAUCAGGAAAAACUGCAGCUUUUCUUCUACCAGUUGUGGCCCAUAUGAUGAGAGAUGGUGUAACUGGCAGUAGCUUUAAAGACCUUCAAGAGCCAGAGUGUAUUAUCAUUGCCCCAACUAGAGAACUGAUAAAUCAGAUCUUUCUAGAAGCAAGGAAAUUUGUGUAUGGAACUUGCAUAAGGCCUGUUGUGAUCUAUGGAGGUACACAAACAGGCCAUUCAAUUCGCCAGGUCAUGCAAGGCUGUAACAUACUAUGUGCCACUCCAGGAAGGCUCUUAGACAUUAUACGAAGAGAGAAGAUUGGUUUGCAUAAUGUGAAAUAUUUGGUGCUAGAUGAAGCGGACCGCAUGCUUGAUAUGGGUUUUGGGUUAGAUAUGAAGAAGCUGGUUUCUUUCUCGAGCAUGCCACCUAAAGACAAACGUCAAACACUAAUGUUCAGUGCCACUUUUCCUGAAGAAGUUCGGAGGUGA